AUGACACAAAAUCAAGAGUUCCUGGUUUCGAGCAGUUACAUCGGAGUGAUUAAUCUCGAUCGCGGCGCGGGCGGCGGAGGCAGCGGCGGCGGCGACGAGCGGCUGGGCGGGCGGCUGCGCCUGCGCAGAAGCGACAUGAGCAACAUCGAGAGGGCGCGCGCACGCACGCUGCGCAUGACCAUCACCAUCGUGGCCGCCUUCAUCUGGUGCUGGACGCCCUACGUCGUCAUGACGCUUUGGUACAUGUUCGACCGCGAGAGCGCCAAGCAGGUGGACAGCCGCGUGCAGGACGCCCUCUUCAUCAUGGCCGUGUCCAACUCGUGCAUGAACCCGCUGGUGUACGGCUCGUACGCGCUCAACUGCCGGCGCGAUUGCGCCCGCUGUUGCGCAUGCGCGUUGCGCCCCACGCCGCCCGACCCGCUCAUGCGCAAGUCCACCGUGGGCUCGGCGACGCGCAGCACGGCGGCCCCCAACGGCAACAGCCUGACGACGGCGGCGGCGCUGGGCGUGGGCGUUUGCGCGGGCGCGGGCGUCGGCCGAACGCGCCUCCUCCCCGACGUGCUGCCGGCCUACAGACAGGUAUGA